GCUGUGUUAAGCGGCUCUUGGUUCGGUUUGACUCGCUUGUCAUUCUGUAUUUCAAGCAAUGACAGCGAGGUUGCAGUGGAAGAGUUCACUUCUACACUUCUAACUCCACUUUUCAGCUAAAACUUUUGAAAGUCUGUGGUAGGUAAACAGACUGCAUGGUAUCGCGAGCACUAAGGAAAACUUGGCAUGCACUUUUAGGAAGUGAAGUUGCGUUGGUUUGUUGUUAUUUUGGAAACUGCAGGCUGAAGGAGAACAUGAUGGCGGCUGAUAUGUUGUUAAUGAAGAGACUAAACAGGCUGCGACCUUCUGUAACAUAUCAGAGCAACAACAGUAAUGUGAGUGUUCAGAACAAAUCAAGCACGAGUCUUAUGGAAAAGCCUCUCCAGCGACAGAGUUAUUGCUGUCCUGCAAGAACUGUUUUCAAAUUUAGAGCCAUUAUGGAAUCACUUCAUAAUCACGCUUACUUUGGCUCAAGAUUAAAUGGUGCUAAAUGUGCUCGGGUUUGUCAUGCUUUAAAGGACAAUGUGGAGGGCAGCGGAGGAGUCAACACUUAUAGCAACAGAUGUUUGGGAAAAGCCAGAUACAAGUUAUUUCAGGGGCUUACUCAGUCCCAACUGCCACUGUAUGGUCAAACCUGCUCAUUUCAUCAAGACCACUGGUGUUGGAGCAAUGGGAAAAAAGAAGAAUUUAACAAAGCCAACAAUACUGACUCCAAGAAACACAAACAAACGCUCAGUGAGAGUGCCAAGGAACGGAAAGUACCAGUAACGAGGUUUGGGCGUCUGGUGAAUUUUGGGGGCUUGGCAGUUGGACUGGGCUUGGGUGCGAUAGCUGAAGUGGCAAAAAAGAGCCUUAAAUAUGAGGACAAAACAGGAGAUAAGAAAGCCGUUCUUGACUCCAACCCUUUUGUCUCUGAGGCUAAUGCUGAAAGAAUUGUAAGGACGCUGUGUAAAGUGAGAGGAGCUGCUCUUAAACUUGGUCAAAUGCUCAGCAUUCAAGAUGAUGCCUUUAUCAAUCCUCACCUUGCAAAGAUCUUUGAGAGAGUUCGACAGAGUGCCGACUUCAUGCCCACCAAGCAAAUGAUGAAAGUAGUCAGCAAUGACUUGGGGCCACACUGGCAGGAUAAACUUGAGUUCUUUGAGGAGAAGCCUUUUGCAGCUGCCUCUAUUGGUCAGGUUCAUCUGGCUAAGUUGAAAAAUGGCAGAGAUGUGGCCAUGAAGAUUCAGUACCCAGGUGUGGCCAAAAGUAUCAACAGUGAUGUCAACAACCUAAUGACUCUACUUAGUAUGAGCAAUGCAUUACCUGAUGGUCUGUUUCCAGAACAUUUAAUUGAGGUUAUGAGCAGGGAACUGGCUCUAGAAUGUGAUUAUGUAAGGGAAGCCAAAUGUGCCAAAAAAUUCCAAGAACUUUUAAAGGAUCACCCAUUCUUCUAUGUGCCAAAUGUAGUGGAUGAACUAAGCAGUCAGCAUGUCCUCACUACUGAGUUAGUGUCUGGAUUCCCUUUGGAUAAAGCUGAAGAACUCCCACAGGAACUUAAGAAUGAGAUCUGUAAGGAGAUUUUAAAUCUUUGCUUGAGAGAGCUGUUUGAGUUUAAAUAUAUGCAGACGGAUCCAAAUUGGUCCAAUUUCUUUUUUGACCCACAGAAUCAUAAGGUUGCACUGUUAGAUUUUGGGGCCACUAGAGGUUUUGAUGCAAGUUUUACAGAUGCGUACAUAGAGAUCAUUAAGGCAGCAUCAGAAAGGGACAGAGAGGGGGUUUUACAGCGAUCAAUUGACAUGAAAUUUCUGACUGGUUAUGAGUCAAAGGCUAUGAUGAAUGCCCAUGUAGAUGCCAUAAUGAUUCUUGGUGAGGCCUUUGCCUCCGAAGAGCCAUUUGACUUUGGCACUCAAAGUACAACAGAGCGGAUCCACACACUCAUUCCUGUCAUGCUGAAACAGCGACUCACUCCUCCUCCAGAAGAAACCUACUCCCUGCACCGCAAAAUGGGAGGCUCGUUUCUUAUCUGCUCACGCCUUAAAGCCAAGCUGUGCUGCAAGAACAUGUUUCAGGAGGCCUAUGCUAAAUACUGGCGAGAUCGAAAAUUGGAGACCUCAUACUGAGCAGGUGUGUAUGGAGCCAGUGGGGAAGCGUGCAAUGCCAAAUGCCAACUAAAAUCUAAAUCCAUAGCAUUUUGUAAAAGUGCAUGUUAAUUCACUUGUCCUUUUAUUUCAUCUGUAACCGGUGAAAGAUUCAAAAGAUUGUGUCUAAUAAAUGAUUCUCUUUCUACCUAUAUGGAAAAAUGUUAUAAUUAUAGUGGAUUUAUCUGUAAUAAAAUCUUGCAAAUGAA